CGCAGGAAGCAUGUACUGCAAUAGGCGCCUUAUUCCCCUCUAGUAGCUUAUAGAAGCCGCUGUUCUAAGAGCAUUGUCUGCAUCAGCACCACAGACAGGGCUCGCUGCUCCUGCCUUCUCCAGCCUGGCCAUAGACAUAGGAGAAAGACUUCUUACUGUCUGUAAGUAGAGGAAUAAAGGAUGGUGAAGCUGGGGAGUAAUCUGAGUGACAAAACCAGUAAGGAGCCUUCUGGAGAAGAUGGAUUUCAGACGGUGCCUCUGAUCACACCCUUGGAUGUAAAUCAUCUGCAGUUCUCUGCCCCUGAGAAGGUGGUUGUCAAGACAAGGACAGAAUAUCAGUCAGAACAAAAGAACAAGAAAAUUAGAGUGCCAAAGAUAGCAGAGUUCACUGUCAGCUUCACGGAUGGGGUGACUGAGAGGAUAAAGGUCACCAUCCUUAUAAGCCUGGCACUGGCUUUUCUCGCUUGCAUAGUGUUCCUCGUGGUCUACAAAGCCUUCACAUAUGAUCACAGCUGCCCAGAUGGAUUCGUAUACAAGCAUAAGAGAUGCAUACCCUCCUCACUGGAUGCAUACUACUCUGCACAGGAUUCCAACUCACGAGGAAGAUUUUACACUGUCAUCAGCCACUACAGCAUGGCUAAGCAGACCAGCUCGAGAUCUGUCUCUCCAUGGCUUUCUUCGGGAUCCAUUAAUCACGAUACCAAGGCUAGUAAAACUGAAGGACACUAGAAGAUCAAGUAGACAAGGGACAUCAGCGUUCCCAGAGCCCUGGGCGAUGGCUUAGAAGAGGUGCCGCAUUAAAGAUGCAAAGCUAAAAACUUGCAGGAGUCUUUAAUGAACAACAAGAUGUUUCUUUUUUGUGCAUUGUUAUUGUUAAUUUGUAACCAAGUCACAACUUUGUACAAAGGCAUGUUCAAUGUUUCUUGUCAAUCUGCAAUGUAAAAAUAGGGGGAAAAAGUGCAAAGAGAGUUUUUGUUUUCCAAACAUUGCCAAAUCAAUAAUCCGUUGAUAGAAAAUGCAGACAUAUGCAACUGAAUGGCUUGCUUAUUGCUCAUUUAUAAUAGUCCUUGUUUUGUGUGAGCUGGCACAGUGUUACUGUGUAUGGGGAAAGCUAGACCCAUUAUAGUUCGGACAGGAGUAAAAUGAGUUACCGUCACCAGUGGUGUCGAAAUACAAUGUGUCUGAGACAGUAAUAGAUAAAAAAAAGCUGCUAUGUAAUGGAAGGAACCAGAUACAGGCUAUUAGAAAUAUACAGAAGCACUAAUUGAGUACAUUGUUAUAGGAUGACAUCUACUGUUGAUUCCCGCUACCACUUUGGUAUUGGGUAAUUUAAAAAAUAAAAAAAAUAAAUAUAAUACAUAAAUAUAAUAUGCACAGCUGAAGGCAAACCUAAAUGGACAUAUCUAUCAAUUGAUUCAAUUAUCAAUAGGAUAAUUAUUCACUUUAAUGGGCCUUUUUAACAGUACACUUGUUGCCAAAGGAAUACCGUAUGUCACGCUUUAUUGGAAAAGCAUUUCCUAGAGUAAUAUAUGUGGGGUUCCUCUAGCGUUUAGCGAAGCUAUAUAUAUAAAAAAGGAUAAUGAUGCAUAUAAAUCAGUGAAUGGGAAAAUAUAUUAUAGAGCUAACUGAGUAAUCAGAACACAAGGUGGGAGAUUUGCCAACACUAAGGCUGCAUUCAGACAAGUGUAUUGUGUUCGUGUUUAAGGGAUGAACCAGCACCAUAGGGCUGGAUACAAUACGCCCACCUGGAAGGAAGUGCAGAAAUGCAAGCAGAAAGUAGUGCAAAAGCUAAUAAUAACCAAUUGGGUUGCUGAAUUCCUUUGGCAGAGAACCUUUAAGGCAGUGUUACCCAACCAGGGUUCCAACAGCUGGUGGCACCCAGGUUGAGAAACAUUGCUCUAGGGAAUAAGAGCCAGGAUCUACUCAGAUAUUUUGAGCCACUGCUUUCUCUGUUUUUGCACCAGAUUUGCAGAAUUUCCUCCUAUGAGAAUUUCUGAUUCUGUUUUACGACACAUUGCUGAGUAUGAGGAUAUUAUAAUGAUAUAGCUUGAAGUUGUCCUUACGUUAUUCCGCUCUUACAUCAUAGUACAAUGUACAUAAACCAUGGUGUAGGCCUGGCUCGGUGGGGAAGCUUUCCCAUGUCAUUCCCUACAAGCAUUUUUGCGUAGAAUAGAAAUGACAGUGAUUUUUGCAGGGGGUCUAUCCAGGCAACGCUAUUGUUUUUGUUCUUGCUAAACCUGCUUAAGCUUACGGUAUUCUAUUAAAAGUCACUUUAAUGGUUACAACUGACUGUGACGUAGACCAGAGUUAACAUCAACCUGCCUUGAUAGACUUUGUACAUUGCGUUUUCAUAAGCCAUAAUUGUAUUUUUGUAAAUGGAUUGCAGCCUCACCCCCACACUCAGAUUUAACACAGUCAAACAUGUUAUCACCAAUAGGUUAGCACUACAUGCAUUCCAUUUCUAGAAAUUUACUACAUUGCAUACAUUGUUGUUUGUUAACCUGGAUUCCUGCUCUUUUUAAGGGUCUAGUUCAGAGAUAUUUCAUAUAUCUCUCGGAUUCAAAUCAUUUCUUUUGUAGCGUGAACUGUGUAGAGCUUUUCAGAACUGUGAUAUGCUGCCAUAUGUACCCCAUAAACCUGAGCUGAAGGUGUAGUAUGUGCUGUACCCAUACUAUAGUGCCAAAUUCUCUAAAGGUAUUCUCAACACUACUUUUUCUCACCUGUAUAUCCAUGAUCACUAUGUAUUAUAUCAUCUGCCCUCUCGAUAGUUUCUAAUUUUGUGGUGUGUUUCUUGUUAGUAGCUAGCAGAGACUGGAGUAUUUUGAUGUAAUCCUUGCACUCUUUUCUGACAGGAAAAUAAAGCUGGAUGUGUCUGAA